GUUUACGAAGUUAGCGAGUGGCGUCAGCAGGCACCAAAAUGCCAGGAAAAGUGGGCGUCAAAAUAAAAGCUGCGCGUAAUCUGCCAGUGAUGGACAAGAGCAGCGAGACAACGGAUGCAUUUGUGGAAAUCAAGCUGGCUAACAAAGAGCACAAAACGGAGGUGUUCCGGAAAAGUUUGAAUCCCACAUGGAAUACCGAUUGGUUUCGCUUUGAAGUUGACGACGCAGAGCUGCAGGAUGAACCGCUGCAAAUUCGGCUAAUGGACUAUGACACAUACUCAGCAAAUGAUGCGAUUGGCAAGGUGAACAUAAGUCUCAAUCCACUUUGUCUGGAGAGCUCUAGUCAGUCAUCCCAUGGCAAAGGCAUCGUGCUCUCUGGCUGGAUACCUGUCUUCGACACAAUGCACGGCAUACGCGGUGAAAUAAACAUAAUUGUGAAAGUGGAUCUGUUCUCAGAUGUCAACAAGUUUCGUCAGAGCUCUUGUGGUAUUCCCUUCUUUCAUUCACAAUGUGUUCCCUUUGGUUACCGUGCUCAAGUCAUCCAUGGUUUUGUCGAGGAACUGGUGGUAAAUGAUGACCCAGAGUAUCAAUGGAUCGACAAGAUCCGCACACCACGCGCUUCCAACGAGGCACGACAGGUUGUCUUCCUCAAGCUCUCUGGCCAGGUGCAGCGCAAAAUGGGCCUGAAGGCCAUCAACAUGGGCGCCAAUGCAGUCAUCGGCUAUACGCAGUGCUUUGAUCUAGAAGGUGAUGUGGGAGUUGUGGCACGUGGCGUCGGCACAGCUGUCACCCUAAUCAAGGACACCAGCACCAGUCAGCCCAACAGUGCAGAUAUAGUCCUCAUCGAAGAGGUCCAAAAAUAUUUAGAUUUUCUCAACUGCACCAGUGGCAGCAGCGCUAGCCUCCCACUGUCCGGCAGAUCACCUCAAUAUCGUCUUAAUAUAUAUAAGCAGCCCAGUUUUAGUUCGCCCAGUUCGGCGGCAGCAGCAGCAGCAGCGGCAGCAACGUUGUUCUACUUGGAAAGUGGCAGUAGCGAUACGGAGGAUGCGGAUGUUAUGCAAAAUCUCUUGCGGCAAGAGGAUGAACGUGGCGAGAGAACACGUGAGAAAAGGUUGCGACAUCGCAUGCACCGUAUGACAUUGUCCUCGCGCAACGUGUUCAGCGAGAAGUACGCAACGCUUUUGCGGCGCAUCGAGCCCAAGAUUCCGGAGAAUGCCACGCAAUCGCUAAGUAAUCUUUUCGGCGCAGUCGGGUCAAGCACAAAGCGUCGUCGUAAGUCGCGCUACGCAAUGGGCAAACGAGCACCGCAGGCCAUAACACGCUCGAUUAGCGAUGAUACGGGCGCUGGGCCAUCAAUGUGUCAGCUGGCAGUUCCGCGUUUGCCCGUGUACCAGGAGAGUACACGCUCUGCGCCGGAUCUGGAGAUUGAUGCCUUUCAGCGUAAAUCCACGUGCUCCACGGACUCAUCGGACUCGUUGUCUAUAAUUGAAAUACUUGCCCCAGGCAUUGACAGUGCUGCAUCAGCAGCAGCAGAAGAUGAUGAAGAGCUGCAGGAUAACUGGAUAAAGCCGGGCGAAACGCGCAGCUGUGAGAACAGCCAGCUCGAUUUGACGCCCAAGCGACACACGCUGCUCGAGGACCUGAAGGGUUUCUCGCGUCGUCUCCAACAACUGAUGCAUCUGACACCCAAGCAGCCAGUGCAACGAAAACGUUCCCUGCUACUGGCCGCUGCUGCACUCGAGCCGUCUAUGGAACGCAAAUCGUAUUACAGUUCACAGCCGGAGUUGCCCACAAGCAGCGCUCUCGAUUGGCCCUGUGCAGAUCUGAGUGCUUUCGCUUCCAUGCUGCAACUGAAUCACUUGCCCAGCUAUGAAUCCAAUUUGCAACGCUGUGCUUCGAUUUCGCAUUUCGCAAGCAUUAGAUCUGUAGAUGAUGUACCAUUAGUAAAGUUUGAUUCCCGUGCACUACCAACGACACCUCCAUCAGUACCUCCAGUAGCCCAGGAAGUAAUUCAAGAAUAUCCGAACACGUUGCUGCCCGUUGCGCCCGUUCUCUGCAUUUGCCCAUCGACCCCAACCCCAACAGAAUCCGAAAAUAGCUCACAGCAGUCGCGUGCCUUUGAUUAUUAUGAUCCACCCGAUUUCGAACUAGACCAUGUUGUAAAUAUCUCUAAUAGUACUAACCAUAGUAACAACAAUAAUGAAUCAUCAUUGCUUGCUCCAUGCUAUUCUGUUUCGCCAUUUGCCAUACCAAACCAACAACAACGCUCAACUAGGUCCAGCAGCGAUAUUCAGCAACAGCAGCAGCAACAACAGCAACCACAGCAGCUUCAACAACAACCACAGUCGACACCACAGGGCGUGCUCAUACCCACGACGAUUGCGUCGAUCGAGAAUAGUGCGAAUGGUAAAAAGCUGGCAUCGCCGGUUACCAGCAAUCGGACAAAGCUAACGCCCAGUCCAUCCAAGAGCGGCAUUUCGGGUGGCACGAAUGCGGACAGUGCAUCCACAUCGACCACUUCGACGGCCACAACGAUGGUGCAGGUCAAGGAAGUGAAUGAAAUCUGUCGUCGUUCGUCCGACUCCGAUCUGAGUGUCACGCCCAAAGGUAACUCCGUUUGCGUGGCUAGCGAGCGACUGGCGGCGGCCACGGCUAUGAUGCGAUUGAACACACCCACCGUGGGCAGCAAGACAACCGACAGCCUGGACAUGCUGGAGUAUCCGUUCUUAACUAUGACCAAGUACCCAACUGGGUUCAUACUGCACCUGGGCGCCACUGUGGCAGCGCGCUCGGUCAAGCUGCUGGAGCGCGUGCCCAAUCCCGAUGAGCCGGAGGUGCGUGACAGCUGGUGGACGGAGCUGCGCAUGGAAAUUCGCUCACAUGCCCGCUCUUUGGGCUGCAACGUCGUGUUGGGCUACGCGGAGUCCACAAGCAUAUCCGACGAUGUGUGCGUUUUGUCUGCCACUGGCACCGCUGCAGUCAUCAACAUGGUCUUCAAUCGCUCUAUUUCGCAAACGGACAUCUUCGCUAUAUCAAAGGUAACCAAUAAUGUGGCCGCCAUGUCCAACUCGAUGGAGGAUAGAGAGGCAAAUGGCAGCGGUGGUGAAGCAGCAGCCUCUGUCAAGGACGGCAGCUCGCUGGGCACAGCCAACGGCUCGGCUGGUAAACGCUUUGGCUUUCCAAAUCAAGGUGCCCAACGUAACGCCUGUGCCAUCUGCCACGUGCCGUACAAUUUGGGCAACGUACCCUUUAAUAUCAAGAUGAAGAAGUGCGCUAUCUGCCGCAAGGGCCGAGUACCGGAUGUUCUUUUGGCCACAUUGGAAGUGCCAGAAUAUAUGCAGGUGACUGGACGCGGCUGUUUCAUGCAGGCUCAGGUGGUGCGCGCCAAGAGAGAUCUGCGCGCCGAACUGAAUGCCAAAGAGAUUUCCGAUGGAUUGCCAUUUCUGGAGUACGAGCUACACCGUGUGCUGAUCAAUAAGCUGAAGGCGAAAGGCAUGAAUGCCAUUUUUGGACUGCGCACCCAGGUGGCCAUUGGCGAACGCAUGAUAGCAUUAAUUGCCACGGGCACGGCAUUAUUUUUGAGUGCAUUGCCCGUGCCGAUGGUGCCAAAGAUUAUGGCCGGUAACUCGUGGACGGACAAGCAGAAACUCAACGAACUGCAGAAGAAAUUGCAGGAGACAUUUGAGCGUAACCAAGAGAUCUACCAGCUAAAGAAUAUGGAUCCCGAUUUGGCUAGCAUCAGUGGCGGAGCUGGCGGCGAUAAGCAAUCAGAUACGGAUGAUUCCGAUGAUGAGGAAAUGAAUGAAAUUGAUUUGAAUUGCGGCAACAAAGAGCUCUGUGUACUUGAGGUAGAUGAUAUUGAGGACCUGGAAAUCAUUUCACUACUCAUGGAACCAUAUCCACCCGAGGGCUUCCAUGUGGUUAACACACAGCAGGUGCCCGGCAUGCAGGAGCUGGAUGCCGUUAAAAAUCUUCAAAUGUUUACGCAAGUAUGGCGAGCUCGCAUCGACGUGGGACAGAGCGUCAAUGGCUUCCCCAAGCACUUUCAGCGACUUCUGCAGACGAUAUACUUCAAGCUGCGCACAAUGAUACCCUGUGCAAUAUGCGAUCUACGCUUCAGACUGGAUUUGCCUGAAACGGACCAAAUCCAAUUACUUGUCACCGGAAUGGCCAUGGGCUUGAGCGAUGGCAAUAAAAUGAAAUACCGUCGCCGGGCACCGGCGGCCGCACAAUUACCAAAUGGGUCGAGUGAAGCAGCACCGACUGGUCACGAAUGUCAAUCCCAGCCGGGGAUGAAUGGUAAACGGAUGCUGCAAGAAGAGGAUUACAUAUUUCCACUGGACGAGGAUCAAAUGGUUGAUACACCCACACCAACCAGCUCGGCCAUUCCUCCCUUUGGCAUGAGUUCUUUCAAAGUGCGAAAGACUUCGCCGUCGCGACUCUCUAAUCUAACGACCCCCUCACCCGCAACAAAACUAAUAAAUAUAGGUCCACCGCCACGCAGUCGCUACUCCCCACUUCGCGAUCGUUAUGGCGUAGACUUGACGCCACUUAGCUUCAUACCGGGUGGUCGUAUUGACAAGUAUUUGGGAAAUCUAAACUUCUUCUUCAUUAGGGAGAGCACCUCGAUACGAGAAAACGGCGGCAUUAGCGGAUUUGUACAUAGUUUCAUUACCGAACUGCUGGCAGUGGUGCGCGCUCAUAUUGCUUCGCUGGGCGGCAAUGCAAUGGUCUCAUUUUAUUUGACCGAACUCAUAUUGUUCGACAAUCAGCACAAGAAUCAGGGACAGUGUCUGAUUAGCAUUGGCGGCGAUGCGGUAUAUGUCAACUACUUUGCCGACGACUGAUACAACCGAUUGCGGGGCAUAUAGCGCCAAUUCUUCGCGAGUCGUCCCAGAAGUCUUUACUACUGAAGAAGCCCAGAUUUUGCUCUGAGAUGUUCCCUCUUCCUCUACUUCACUCUGGAUGCCAACUCUUAAUACAUUUUGGCUCUCUAACUCGGCGUUGUAUGGGUGUCAAUAGUGCCAGUAUCCCAUGCAGAAACGCUGUUUACUUAAAUAUACAUAUAGUAGUAGUAGUGGUACAUACUACUGUAUCGUCUGUAUACUGUACUGUAUCAAAUUGAAAUCAUGCAAUAUUUGAACUGUGACUUGACGUUCAAGAUGUAGGAUGAAUUUUUCAUGUAUUGUUAUUUGUUUGCUUAAUGUUUAAAGGUUAGCCACUUGCAAUUUUCAUGACCGUAGUUUGUACAUAGCUGAGAUGUUUAUUGAAUUUACAUUUUGAUAGAUAAUUUGAUGCUUUCAGCUAUGAGGCAUAGCUCUUAGCAAUUAUACAGUAUACACAGCGAAGUGUAAUUAAUUUUGGCAACACAAAAGUCACCCAACAACUAAUGUAACAUAUAUAUAUAUAUAUAUAUUUACUAUAUAUAAUACUAAAUAAUAUGCAAUCUUUGAAAUUAGAAUCCAAAAAGUAUCCAACA